AUGCAUCUCUCACCCUGGGCCAUUGCCACUUUCAUUACCGCCGCUACGGCGGCCACUCUCAAGGUCAACUACUACUCUGACGGCGGCUGCUCCGACUACAUGGCCUCGAUCAAUCCAAGCCCCGGUUUUUCCUGCUACGACUACGUCUGGACCGGCUCCAACAGCGUGAAUAUUGCUGACUGCACGUUCCCGAACGGAAAGUGCAUCUGCACCUUUUACACCCAGCCGCACUCGUCGAGCAUGGCCUCUGAGCGGAGCGGGCUUAUCAUUAAGCCUGAGCCUUGGACUCUGCGGAUCUUGGGUCCCAACUUACAAGGUGUUGGUGGUCGCUUGUGGGAGCGAGUUGUCAGGGCACGGGAAAAUGAGCGUGGUAUUGGUUUUAAUUGGCAGGGCGACGGAGGCGAAAAGCUGGACGUGGUAUUACCUUUUGUCGUGUUUCCUGGUGUACUGAGCAUAUGA